GACUCGCGCGCCACGGCUGUUGAGCGUAUUCGAUGCAUCAGACGCACGCGCAUCCAUCGAUUUGUUAUCGAUUCUCCGUCACUCUUACCGCGCGCAAUUAACAGUGAUGUCUCAAGAAAACACGUGAGCGUGCGUGAUAAUAAACAAAACCUAUGUGAUGCAAAGAUUUGUUUGUGCUUAACCUGUGUUGGAUCCCAUGUUCGCUAGUCCCGUAUUAGUGUCCAAGGAGAUAACGUGAUGUGACAACGAAACGUAGUAAGGUGCCUGUGGAAUAGUUUUGUGAAAGUGUGCAGCUAGCGUGAGUGAGUCGCCGGUGUGACUGGUGCCCCGAGACAAUGUUAAACUGCACUGAUCUGGAAUGUAUUUUGCACCACCACCACUACUAUGCGCAUCUGCACCACAUACAUCACCUGCAAAAUGCGCAGGAUUCAGCUAUGUCGGCCGAUGGCUCGACCACAGAUAUCCAUGGGCUGCUCAACGACACUGAAUCCGAUCUCACUGGCCUUUCGCAUGUUGAUGCUCCGAAUGAUGCGAAUUACAUGAUUGGCGGAGUGGUGAUUGCCAUGGCUCUUGUGGGACUUAUAAUCGUUCUUCUGGCACUAACAAUUAAUAAGCUGCGCAAGAGGGAAGAGCACUCGGCUUCAGUACACCCGGCUGAAGCUGUGCUCCAGGCCUCUGCACCGCAGCCACCGCCCGAGCCUCUUGCCUUCCGCCAGCAGCCUCUGUGGCAGUUCCCACCGCCGCUGCCUCCGCCUUACGUCUAUCCCCAUGAUCAGGACAACUUGAUGCAGCCGAUCGGUAACGAGCGGGCGAGUUUCCGCAGUCUACGCAAGAAUAUUGGCGGUCGUUGGAAGAGAUUAGUAAAGAAGAAGCCCGAACAAGAAGUCUACACUAUUCCACCUGAGCUCAAGCCUCAACUGAAGCAAAUAUACGUUUAUUAAGCACCUAUACAACAGCACAGAAGCAGGAAUCUUCGUCGCUGAUCUUAGCGAUUCUAUGAGCUCCACGGUUGUCAGAAAUUCUCCAAGUCAUAUCUAACUCGAAUAUCAAAUUUUAAGUCGGCACGGCUCUUUAAACAUAUCUUCUUGACCAAUUAUUUCUUGACCAAUAUUAGUAGUCUUCUUUCAGCACUUCAUUGUGAUGUAAAGUCUAGAUGUAUUAAUAAGUAUUAGUGCAUUGAAUUCUGCGAGUGUUGUUCUGUUGAAAGUAUGUGUGAUAGUCAAAUGAUUUAGUUUAAUUAAUUUAAAAGUUAUGAAUGAACUUAGAAAAAUGCGGUCGCGCAUAAUAGUAACGAAAAUCCAAUAAUUAUUUUAGAAAACCACGAUGCCUUGUUAAUGUAAUCUUUGACUAAUUAGGGCAUUUUGAAGAACAUUAACUUAUUUUUAGACGUGAUCGUAUUCAUAGGCGAAAAUCGAUCAAAUAGUUUUCGAAGUUAUGUAUACAAUUGUAUUUUAACUAUAUCAGUGGAAUAUCUGUAAAUAUAAUUGUUUGAUUCAGUAUUUUAUGUGUCUUAAUGCGAGUCUGAAAAUGGUACAAUUUGUAACGUAACAUUGAAAUGAAAUUCUAUGAUAUUAUAAUGUCUAUAUAAUCGCAAUCGUUUCACUAAGAAAUACCUAAUAGUUGUAAAGUUGCGUUACUGCAUGCUUCGGUAGUGUAAUUUUCAGAUUUUCGCCGGGUCUUUGCCUACUGUGAUAUUCAAUUUGAAAAUAAAUAAUUUGAUGAUAUUUUUGAGUUUUCUAUUCAACCUUGUCAAUUAUAUAUCAGUGGGAAGGACCGUCGGUGGAGAAUUGUGAUAGCUCAUAUUGAGCCUGAUAUUCUGAUUAGUAAGUUUAGGUACAACAAAGCCAUGAUUAUAAUAUUUUGUUUCCAUUAGAACUGUUGCGAUGGAUGAUAAAGACGUUUAUUUUAACUACAUUUAUGUUUGUUUAAAUGCUAUAAUCUAUUGACAUAGUGAGAAAUAAAUUCCAUCUAUAAAUGUGA